AUGAACAAGGAAGACUUUUCUGGGUUGAAGGAAAGGCAGGCGUUGCUUUUUGGGGAGAAUAAGGAGGGGCAAGCGCUUGAACCGCUGGGGGCGCCGCCAUCGGUGUUCCCUGAAGAGAAGCUGGCACCCAGGUCGAUGCUCCCUGAGGCGGGGCAGGGGCAGGAGAAGCUUGUGUCAAGGUCGAUGAUCCCUGAGGCAGGGCAGGGGCAGGAGGAGCAGACGCCUGUACCGCUGGAGAGACAGUUGCCGCCAUUGGUGUUCCCUGAGGAGGAACAGGGAC